AUUAUUCGGUCGCUCGUACUUUGCCCUAUUUUAUGUGUACCAGUGUCACAGAGUCGAUGUUAUCGAGACGAGAUAAACUGUUAGUGCAGCCGUGGCAGGAGCGAAGGUUCAAAGAUCACAGACUGAAAGUAAAAUCAGCGCUGCCAGCGAUUGACGAUCGGCCGCCAGCCACGCGGCCGCACGUCGCGCUCAAACUCAAGAAGUGCCAACGGGAACUCGAUAGGAAGGACAAGAUACAAAGAGACAAUUUCGGUUUACUGCAGCGGUUGAACAACAUUAUGAGAGCGAAACGACUGGACAAUGAGUGGUCGAAGCCGUUACCCAAUUUCCAACACAAAGUGGGUGUAUUCUACGAUGCGGAGUCGUUGCAGAGCAGGGUCACUGCGCGCACACUAGCCGACGAGUCGCCCGACCUCUCCUACAUCAAUGUAAAAUGCUACGCAUGCGAACGUAAAAAAAAACACUACGAUUUCAAGAUGGACGCUUCAAAACAAAAUGAACUCUUGUUGCCUUCUCUAUUUUUACAUUAAAUAAAA